AUGGGACUUGAAUUUUUUGUAAAUCAAAAUAGUAGUAUUAAUGAAAUAAAUGUAUCAAAUUCACAUAUUGAGGAGACAAAUUCUAGAUUAGGUUUUGGAUUUCUUGUUAUCUUUAUUUACCUUCUUAUUGGUACAAUUGUUUUUGUUAAGAUAGAAGCACCAGUGGAAAGAAUUCAGUAUGAGGCAUACAAAGAAUUUAGAGCAGCAUGGGAGGAUAAAUUAACAAAUCUUGGAAUGAAACUAGAGGAUAUAGAUAAUUUAUUUUCUAAUAUUAAAGAUGCUGCAUUAUCUGGUGUUUGGAUUGAAAAAAAUGAAACAAGUGAGUCAAACUGGACAUUUGGCCAAACAUUCUUUUUUUGUGGUACUUUAAUAAGCACUGUAGGUUAUGGGAAAAUAUCACCAAAAACUCAUUAUGGAAAACUUUUUACAAUUGUUUAUUGUAUAAUAGGAAUUCCUAUAACUUUGUCUUUUCUUUCGGCACUUGUCUUAAGAUUAAGACAACCAAGCAAUUAUUUAAAGAAUAAACUUAGUAGUAAACUAAGUCAUAUUUUUCAUCAUUUUCAAAUUCAAUACAUUCAUCUUGCUGUCAUAUCCAUUAUUGUUCUGGUGACUGCAUUUAUAAUACCAUCAUAUAUAUUUUCACAUAUUGAAACGGAUUGGAGUUUUUUGGAUGCCUUUUAUUAUUGUUUUGUUUCAUUGACAACAAUUGGUUUGGGUGAUUAUAUACCUGGAGACUCACCUAAUCAAUCAUACAGAGGAAUUUAUAAACUUCUUGCUACAAUUUAUCUUUUAUUUGGGUUAUCUGUAAUGAUGUUAUUCCUGGCAACACUAUAUGACAUUCCUCAACUAAAUUUAACCAAAUUUUUUAUCUCUAAAAAUUCAGAUUAUGUUGAUUUAAAUAAUGAUGAUAACACGACAACUGCUUAUAACAAAUAUAAGGAAGAGGAUGAUGAAACAGGAGGUAUUCCUAUAAAUCAGUACCCAUAUAGUAUUCAAAACAGUUACUACUGA